AUGCAGGCUUCCUCUAGCAGUCUCGUUCAGGCGGACGAGGGCCCCAGCCUCAAGCGCACAAAACCAACAGACGGUAAAAAGAAAGCCAAGAAGAAAUGUUUCUGGACUGGCAUGCCAGGACUAGAGGAAAUGGGCAGCUCUAGUGAAGGAAGUCAUGACAGCGACAGUGAGGUCUCUCCGUCCACCUCUGGAGGUCCACCAGCUGUUUCAGCUCAUAAAGCAGACCCCCAGGAGCAGCCCUCUUCCUCAAGUCCUGCACAGAGAAAACACAACCAGGAGGAGCUGCAGAAACGGGAAAAGGAGGAGUGUACAAGUGAAAUCAGCAGCUCCAGUCCUGCUGCAAACAAUGAAAAACUCAACCAGGAGGAGACCACUGAAAUCAGCAGCUCCUCCUCCAGUCCUGCUCUAAACCCUACAGAAGUCAACCAGCAGGAUGAGAUGGAGAUGGAGUGUACAGCUCAAAUCAGCAGCUCGUCUUUAAGUCCUGCAGAACACAGCAAGGAGGAAGUGCAGCAGACAGCUGAGGAGGUGCAGAAGACUGAGAAGGAGUCUACAGCUGAAAUCAGCCCAAGCUGCAGGAUCCCUGAGGAGAAAUCACAGGUUGAGGGUCCGCUGGAUCUGCUCUCUGUGAGUGGGCCGGAGCAGUUGGAGGCUUUGGGUCUGGAGAGGCUGAAGAAGGAGCUGAUGGAGAGAGGGAUGAAGUGUGGAGGAACACUGCAGGAACGAGCUGCGCGUCUGUUUUCUGUUAAAGGCCUGACUCCUGAUCAGAUUGAUCCUUCGCUCUUGGCCAAAUCCAGCAAGGGCAAGAAGAAAUAACUGUCCAAAUCCACUGCUGUGGCGAAAAAUUGUUUGAGGAAUUUAUUCGUCAUCAAUUCUGAGAUUUCAAAAAUGUAUCGCCAUUCGAUUUUGUGGUUAGUUUUUACCAGCAGAUGGCGCUGUGUGCUUUACAAACACCUCUUGAAGCUAAAAUAAUUAUUAAUUGAGUUAGGGAGGGUUUACGUGAUUUUCAAGAGUGUUAAUAGUUGGCUGUGUUUACUUUAAUCUUGUGACAAGAGCCAACUUACAUGACUUGCAUUACAUGCUGAACACUCAAGCACUCGAGUUAUUGAUUGUAUAGAUAAACUAGCCCAGAGCAUCAUCUGCUGAUUUAAAAACUAUCAAGAAAUGCCAUCUGUUGAUAAAACUAGACUAUAUCAGUCUGCUGAUAAUAAACUAGCCUAGAGCGCCGUCUGCUGAUUAAAAACUAGCCUUGAGCACCAUCUGCUGAUUACAAACUAGCCUAGAGCACCAUCUGCUGUUAAAAACUAGCCAAGAGCGCCAUCUGCUGUUAAAAACUAGCCAAGAGCGCCAUCUGCUGUUAAAAACUAGCCUAGAGCGCCAUCUGCUGAUUAAAAACUAGCCCAGAGCGCCAUCUGCUGAUUAAAAACUAGCCUAGAGCGCCAUCUGCUGUUAAAAACUAGCCCAGUGCGCCAUCUGCUGUUAAAAACUAGCCCAGAGCGCCAUCUGCUGUUAAAAACUAGCCUAGACCACCAUCUGCUGAUUAAAAACUAGCCUAGAGCACCAUCUGCUGAUUAAAAACUAGCCUAGAGCGCCAUCUGCUGUUAAAAACUAGCCUAGAGCGCCAUCUGCUGUUAAAAACUAGCCUAGAGCGCCAUCUGCUGAUUAAAAACUAGCAUAGAGCACCAUCUGCUGUUAAAAACUAGCCUAGACCACCAUCUGCUGAUUAAAAACUAGCCUAGAGCACCAUCUGCUGAUUAAAAACUAGCCUAGAGCGCCAUCUGCUGAUUAAAAACUAGACUAGAGCGCCAUCUGCUGAUUAAAAACUAGACUAGAGCGCCAUCUGCUGAUUAAAAACUAGCCUAGAGCGCCAUCUGCUGAUUAAAAACUAGACUAGAGCGCCAUCUGCUGAUUAAAAACUAGCCUAGAGCACCAUCUGCUGAUUAAAAACUAGCCUAGAGUGCCAUCUGCUGAUUACAAACUAGCAUAGAGCGCCAUCUGCUGAUUAAAAACUAGCCUAGAGCGCCAUCUGCUGAUUAAAAACUAGCCUAGAGCGCCAUCUGCUGAUUAAAAACUAGCCUAGAGCGCCAUCUGCUGAUUGAAAAGUAGCCUAGAGCGCCAUCUGCUGAUUAAAAACUAGCCUAGAGCACCAUCUGCUGAUUAAAAACUAGCCUAGAGCGCCAUCUGCUGAUUAAAAACUAGCCUAGAGCGCCAUCUGCUGAUUAAAAACUAGCCCAGAGCGCCAUCUGCUGAUUAUAAACUAGCCCAGAGCGCCAUCUGCUGAUUAAAAACUAUCCUAGAGCGCCAUCUGCUGAUUAAAAACUAUCCUAGAGCGCCAUCUGCUGAUUAAAAACUAGCCUAGAGCGCCAUCUGCUGAUUAAAAACUAGCCUAGAGCGCCAUCUGCUGAUUAAAAACUAGCCUAGAGCACCAUCUGCUGAUUAAAAACUAGCCUAGAGCACCAUCUGCUGAUUAAAAACUAGCCUAGAGCGCCAUCUGCUGAUUAAAAACUAGCCUAGAGCAGCAUCUGCUGUUAAAUAUCAAGCUCAGAGUCAGCUCAAGAGAGAAUAGGAAUGCAUUUUGAAAAUCACAGAAUUAAAUUCUCAAACCCUUUUUUUUCUGCCACAGCUCAAUUUGUCAUAGCUGAUUUGCAUAUCUUGUGUUUGGCAUGUCCGUAGUUAUUUUAAAGAUGUCUUUUGUAAAACUCAAACACCUCAUUUUGAAAAAUCUCUAACUUUGGAAAAAGAUGCCCCCAAGAUUUAAUCGGAUACAGAUGAAUCGGAUGUCAGUUUUACUUUGAUCUACAACACAGGGCAUUUUAUCACCACCUUUUCUUCUUUUGUCUUUAUAGUAAAAUGUGUACAUUUAUAAAUGCAGAGCUCAGGCUAACUUUAUUUGGUGAUGUGUACCUUAAAUUCUGCCUGUAGUCAUUGAUUCAUGCACAUGUCAUUCAACUUGUUUCUAAUCAAGCCAACAAGUUGUUCACAUUGCACAGUAUUUGACUGUAUUAUAUGAUCCUACUUUAUAGUGGAAUAAAACAGUAACUCAGUU